GAAUGAAGUAUUUAAGUCUUGCUUUAUUUUAAGGAUAAUAAUAUCAGCCGCCAAAGUGCGCGUUUCACACGCGUCGUACGCUACUGCGUCACUCCGGUGACUCCGUAUUAUCUACUUUGAUAAGUUAACUCUCUCCGCGAUCAUCCACUCCCUUGAGAAGCUGAAUUGCAAUCAUUUUUCGCAUCUUAGAAAACCGCGAUCGGUAUGGGUGGCGGAGGAGCGAUGAAGGCGGCGGCGAAGGUUGCCGGGAUCGGCGUUGCUAACAGCGUUCGAGGAUUCGUGCCGGACCAUCCAGUAUGUGCCGCUGCGCGUAUGGCCGUUCGUCCGGUCUCCGUUUUCGCCGGAUCUUCUUCUUCGGACGAUGCCAAGGGGCUUAUGCUCCCUGUUUCGGCGGUGGAUGGCGCGUCCGUGCAGAUGCCUUGUUCGGAGUUUGAUGACUGGGAAUUUCCAGACGUAGAGGAGGGGCCACCUCCACGGCUCAUUUUUUCGGGCACGCCUACUCUCCAGGAAGCCAAAGAGGCCACCUCUGACCUCAAAGAGGCUAUUGAGAAGUAAAAUUGUUCCUUUCCACUUUGAAUUUCAUGUUAUUUACGAUAUAUUGAAUAAUAACUUCAUUUAUGAUGUAUGACUAAUGAUUUUUCCCGGACCAUACUUUCUAUGUAUUCUGAAUGUCUUGUGUUGAGAAGUAGAUAUUGUUGUCAGAUUGCUUCUUUGUUAUGAAGCCUUCAUGCAAUUUUCGACUCCAUUUUCAUUCUCAUCCCCAAACAGUCUCUCCCCCUUUAGUAUAGGGGUAAGGGCUGUGUACAUCCGACCCCCUCACCCCAUCACUGGAGGUGGCAGCCUUUGCGGCAGUGGGGUGAUGUUGUUGUUGUUGUGUAUUACUUCUUGCUUAUGUGUAGUGAUCGUGUUGGGUUAAUUGACAUGUUUGCCUGAAUGAAUUACAUUCCAGCGUGUUUUUGUCUCCUAAAAACAAAUUUGGAGGUUCUAGAGCCACUGGUGCAGAUCUGUUUUCAAAUUCGAAUGACGUGGACACUAAAUCUUGUGUUAAUGCUGAAACAGCAGUUAUUAAGAGCUUAGCACCAACAAAUGCCUUUCAGGCGUUCAUGUUACUAUGUGAAAGUUCUGCUGCUCAGAAUGUUGUUGCUUCAAUUGCUUGUGAUCCAAAUGUUCACAGCGCUGUGAUGGUGAAUCCUGAGCUGCAGAAGUUCCUUACAACAUUCAAAAGCGGUAAAACAGGCCAUCUCUUAUCCUAUUUCUCAUUAACGCCUUUAUUUAUCAAUCCAUCUCUCCUUUAGACCGUUUUUUUCACAUAAAAAAUGUAUUAUUUGUUUCAAAAGUAUAUCCAAAAAAGAGAGGGGAUGCAGUCUUCUUUAUAUUGUUGAAAUCUUUGUAUUUGAAGUAGAUUCUUGUAUUCUCCUUUUUGUACCGUUCUCUUAUCCAAAAUUCCUAAAAUAGUAUUCCUUAUUAGUUAUUACCAGUAUUUUUUGUGAUCUUGUUGAAAAGUAUUUCCAACACCCUAUCGGGUACACAAUGUGGGGAAAUUGUUAAGUCAUUUAAUAACCUCUUCUCCUAGUCUCCUACUUCAUGAUUUGGUUAUUAUUAUAGUCAAUCAACGUCUUGAAACCUCAGGUCCUUGCCAUCCCGGCGGAGACAAUGUGGGAGUAGAGGAAUCUGUAGGGGAGAAUGAUGCACCAUACCAAGCUGCAUCAAAAAGCAUAGAUAAGCCAGCACAUACUGGGAGUGGGUUUGCCGAUUUCUUCAAGAAUAUCAAGGUGGCUGUGGUAGAUAUGAUAAACAGCUUAUCUGGUUACCUGGAAAAUAUAUUCAGUGGAGGGUACAGUGUAGUGGGAAGCGGCGACGGAAGUGCAAAAGUGAGUGGUGUGGACAAGGCAAUCGGAGCUUCAUUCAUGGGAUUGGCGGUGAUGGUGAUAAUGGUGGUUCUCUUGAAACGAGCUUAAUUACUCCCAGAAAGAGUACUAAUUAGCUGCCUAGAAAGAAUCUUCAGAAACCAUUUUGGUUCUCAGUUUGAAUUAGUUAAUGUUUAUGUUUGUUAGAUCUCAUCAUCUCACCCCUCAUUCGCCUUUAGGCAAUCUAUUAGUUACACCAAACAUCAUUAUGUUGCCUUUUCAUUUCUACCAUUUUCAUCAUAAGUUGAAUGUUUACUAAAAUCGUUUGGGUUGUAUGGAUAUACAAAAAUCGAACAGAAUACAAAAAUGAUAUUCCACAUUACAAUAUGAAUUACAC